AUGAACUCUUCCGAAGACCUCUACCGGGCCAACUCCAUCCGGGUGCUGUCGCGCAUCAUCGACGCAACCAUGCUGGGGGCCAUCGAGAGGUACCUGAAGCAGGCCAUCGUGGACAAGAACUCUCUGGUGUCGAGCUCGGCCCUCGUGUCCGGCAUCCUCCUCUACAAGAUCAGCCCGGAAGUGGUUCGGCGGUGGGUGAACGAGGUCACCGAGGGCGUGAGCUCUCAGCACGAGAUGGUGCAGUACCAUGCCCUGUCGCUGCUCUACCAGAUCAAGGCUCACGACAAGCUCGCCGUGUCCAAGCUGGUGACCCAGCUGUCCAAGAGUCCGAUGCGCAGCCCGCUGGCGGUGUGCCUGUUGAUCCGCUACAUGAGCAAGAUCCUCCACGACGAUAUCUCCGCCACCAACGCGCGGGCGGCCUACCAGUUCCUGGAGAGCUCCCUGCGCCACCGGUCCGACAUGGUGAUGUACGAGGCGGCCCGGGCUAUCUGCAACCUCCCCGGGGUGGAGAUGAACGACCUCUCCCCCGCCAUCAACGUGCUCCAGAUGUUCUUGACCUCAGUGAAGCCCGCUCUCAAGUUCGGGACGAUGCGCACUCUUAGCGAGGUGGCCGCGAAGUACCCCAUGAGCAUCCUCAAGUGCAACUCGGACAUGGAGGUGCUCAUCUCCGACCCUAACAGGUCCAUCGCUACCCUGGCCAUCACAACACUGCUCAAGACGGGCUCCGAGGGGUCGGUGGACCGGCUGAUGAAGCAGAUCUCCUCCUUCAUGAACGAGAUCGCCGACGAGUUCAAGAUCGUUGUCGUCAAGGCUAUCCGUCAGCUUUGCCUCAAGUACCCGCUGAAGCACCGCGUGCUGGUGGGUUUCCUGGCCACGUUCCUGAGGGAAGAGGGAGGCUUCGAGUUCAAGAAGGCCAUCACGGACUGCAUCGUUGAGCUCAUGACCGCCAUUCCGGAGACAAAGGAGAUGUCUCUGUUUCACCUUUGCGACUUCAUCGAGGACUGCGAGUUCACGGCCCUGUCGACGCAGAUCCUCAGUCUCGUGGGGGAGCUGGGCCCGUCCACUUCGGCCCCCGCCCGAUACAUCAGAUUCAUCUACAACAGGGUCAUCCUGGAGAACGCGGCGGUACGCGCCGCCGCGGUGCCCGCCCUCGCCAAGUUCGCCGCCAGGCUGCCUUCCCUCAGACCCUCCAUCCGUGUGCUCAUCAAGCGCUCGCUGCUGGACGAAGACGACGAGGUCCGCGAUCGGGCGACGGUAGCGCUAACCCUCCUGGGCGACAACGACGGGGAGGACGAGGCCGGUGCCGAUGCCCUCGUGGAGGGGGGGCACGGCGCAGAGGAAACCAAGGGGGAUGGGCCGGCCACCGCGGGCCCCCCUCUGGGGAAGCCAACCACGGCUCACCUGCUUCUUGAGGCCCUCCCGAUGAGCUUCUCUUCCCUGGAGAAGGCGGUGAAGGCCUACCACCAGCACAUGCCGGCCACAGCCGGGCAGCCUCUCGUGCUAUCGUCGCUCCCCGUAGUGGAAGAAGUGGCCGUGCCCACCGGUAUCGUGGCCAAGGGUGCCGGCAAGGACGGUCGGUCGGGCUCUGCCUCGGCGGCGGAGGUGGCGCCGGACGACCCCGCUGAGCACGUCUACAAGGUGCCGGAACUGGAGAGGCUCGGGCGCGUGUUCCGUUCGGCCACGCCGGUCGAACUGACCGAGUCGGAGACGGAGUACGUCGUCCGCUGCGUGAAGCACAUCAUGGACGGUUACGUGGUGCUCGACUUCACCAUCUCCAACACCAUCGAGGAGCAGAUGCUGCGCAACGUGACAGUAGAGGUGGAGCAGUCGGACCCCGACCUGUACGAGGUGGAGGCGAGCGUGGCCUUGCCGGAGCUCAAGUGCGGCGACACCGGGCACGCGUACGUGGUGCUCAAGCUGGCGGAGGGCAACGCCGCCGAGCCCGCGGCCUUCUCCUGCGAGCUCAAGUUCCAGGCGUUGGAUGUGGACCCCGCGACGGGUCUGCUGGAGGGGGACGAGGACGAGGAAGGAUUCGAGGAGGAGUAUCCCCUGGAGCAGCUCAACAUCGCCACGGCCGACUUCAUGGCCAAGGUGAGCCUGGGAGACUUCCGUCGGGGAUGGGAGCAGAUGGGCGCCGAGGCGGAGGUCCUGGAGAAGUUCGCGUUGGGCUUCAAGAGGCUGCAGGAGGCCGUAGCCGCGGUGGAGGACUUCCUGGGGAUGCAGACCUGCGACGGGACCGGGAGCGUCGCUGCGGGCAAGAAGGAGCACGCGUUGCACCUCUGCGGCAUCUUCGUGGGUAAUGUCCCGGUGUUGGUCAGGGCUCAGCUUAACGUGGACCCGCAGGCGGGCUGCAUCCUCAAGAUUGCGGUGCGGAGCAACCAGCCGGACGUCAGCCGAAUGGUUGCGGACUGCAUCCAGUAGUUCUUUUUCUGUAGACCGAACUAAAUGCCCUUGGAUUCUUCCUUGAUGCGGACGGCGGUUUGUCUGGUUCAUUUUUUCUUGUGGGGGGCCUCGUUAUCGUGACACGCGUCGACCCAACGCCGUAGUGAUAGGCAUGGUGUUGCUCGUUGACGUUUCCCGGCUUCUUUUGUUAGGGAGAAGCACGUUGAGGCGGGUGUUCCGAAAGCUUGGCACCGCCUUCCUGUACAUGGAUGCUUCUAAGGAUAUAGCGCCGUUUUAGUUUUUUUUGCCCGACUUGCCUUGAUUUGGUCUCGGCGAAGUGACGCCGUGCCAUGAAAGGAUGCGCGCCUUUGAAACGACAAGACCCCGAGAGC